AUGGGGCAGCUGAAGAGCAAAUUGUUACAUCACAGUGGAGGGGAUAUUGGCAAUCUGAAGGAAGAUCCGGAUGAUCAGUGGUCAAAUUUGUAUCGUGAACGCGAAAAGAAUCAUCUUUACAAAUGGGUUGGGAUGCGGACAGGUGGUGGGCUGCUGACCGCUUUUGAAAAAGAAGGCGAAGACGGUGUCCUGAAGUUUGCCAAUGAAAAGUUCGUAUCAAUGAUGUACGAGGACGGCGUGGCGCCACAAAUGAUUCGAUUUAGUGAUUAUGCGAAAUGGAAGAAGACUAUCAUAGAAGUUCUCCUUUUGUGGCAGCGUGAUCGAUUCAAAUAUUUGCAGAAUGUGCAACUUGGUAAGACCGAAGAAGGUGAUGAUGUCGGCCAGUUUGGAAGCAAAUUUCGAGAGCAUCUCGGCCAGUGGAGGCUGAAUAAACGAGGAGUUGAGGGCGAAACAAUAAUUCAUCUUCUGCUGAACCGCGAAGAGCCUAUGUGCAGCGAAAUUGCUAGGAUUUUGAUAACGCGGUAUCCAGGCCUUGCCAACGACAUCUAUCUUGGCGACGAGAUGUUCGGUCAGAGUGCGCUGCAUUUAGCAAUCGUGCACGACGACUAUGAAACGGUUCAAUUAUUGCUGCAAAAUUCUGCUCAAGUAAAUGCGAGAGCUUGUGGGACAUUUUUCUUGCCAGAGGAUCAGAAAACAGGCAGGAAAGUAACCGACUAUCAAGGAUAUGCGUAUUACGGCGAAUAUCCACUAGCAUUUGCGGCAUGUUUUGGCAAUAAAGAUAUAUAUGAUUUGCUGAUACAGUACGGUGCAGAUCCGAACCUGCAAGAUAUGUUUGGCAAUACGAUUCUGCAUAUGUGUGUUAUCAACUACAGCAAUUCGAUGUACAGCUACGCAGUGAGACACUGGGCCAAACCAGCCGAUCCGAACAUCGUCAAUGCAGCUGGCCUGACGCCACUAACGCUUGCUACCAAACUUGGAAGAAAGGAUAUUUUUGAAGAGAUGCUGGAGCUGAUGAAAGUUGUAAGUCUUAAGAUACCUAUGCUGAAACUAGAUACCCUUAUUUAA